CAAGGCCACAUUUCUACCUGGCAACACUGUUUUUCGUUUUCAACGCAAGUUAAGAAUCCGCUUCUGCUCAACUGUACCGCGGUUAUUUGGCAAAUUUUCCGCAAAUUACGACAGAAAACACCGGAAAAGCAAGCAGAAUGUCGAGCGUGCCCAAGCGAGCCAAGCUGGACGGAGCCCCCGCCGAUGGCAUCACAUCCGCCGGCAACAACGAGGAGGAGUCGGAGGCGCUGGAGCAGAUCGAUGCGGUGCAGAAUGAGAUCGACGCAAUGAACGAGAAGGCCAGCGAGGAGAUCCUUAAGGUGGAGCAGAAGUACAAUAAACUGCGCAAACCCUGCUAUGAGAGGCGCAGCGAGCUGGUCAAGAAGAUCUCCAACUUCUGGGUCACUUCGUUCAUCAACCACCCGCAAGUGUCCGGUAUCCUAGACGAAGAGGAGGAGGAAUGCCUGCACUCACUAAAGAAACUGGAGGUGGAGGAGUUCGAGGACAUAAAAUCGGGUUACCGCAUCAACUUCCACUUCGAUGAAAAUCCUUAUUUCGAGAACAAGGUACUCACCAAGGAGUUCCACUUGAAUUCCGCGGCAGCGGCUUCCGAGAACGGGGAAUGGCCCGCGUCCACUAGCACGCCAAUCAAGUGGAAGGAGGGCAAGAACCUGCUCAAACAGCUGCUGACGAAGCCCUAUGGCAACAAGAAGAAGCGGAACUCAGAAUACAAGACCUUCUUUGACUGGUUCUCGGAUAACACCGAUCCCGUCAACGACGAGAUCGCAGAACUGAUAAAGGACGACCUUUGGCCAAAUCCACUGCAGUAUUAUCUGGUACCUGAUAUUGAGGUGGAGCCCGAGGAUGAGGAGGAUAACGAUGACAAUGAGGAGGAGGGAUUCGAUGACGAGGACGGUGAGGAUGGCGAGGGCGAGGAAGAAGAAGACGGAGAGGAUGAGGAUGACAAGUAAACUACGAUGAUGCAUACAAUUUAAAUUCGAUCCCAACCGAAAGCCCCAAGUGUUUGCAAGCCACCCGCAACUAUAGUUUCCCGUGUGGUUUUACCGACUUCACAUAUUCGCAACCAUUUCAGACAGUUUAGAUUUUUAAGUAAACGAGUUUUUGAACUAUAAAUAAAAAAGACGUGAAUCCGAA